AAUUGCGAAUGACCAUUAGUCAACCUCUCCAACAAAUCCAAAUAAAACUCAUGUCCCCUCCCAAUUAUUCUUCAUGGUUACUUAGGGUGAAGCUUUCAUUCUGAAAUCAAAAAUUCAGAAUGGAAGCUUUUAGAGUUUCUUCAAACCCAUCCUACGAAAUGCUGCCAACCUCAAUCCAAACUUCACCCCCUUCAGAAUCAAGAAACUCUUCAGAUUUCGACAGAGAAUUAGAGAACCUAAAUGCUGCUCAAAAAAUUGGAUCUUUGUUCUUUGGUUUCGGGGUAAUGAUCAUUCUUUUGAUUGGAAUUUUCGCAAUCAUUGGUUUUGGUAUGACAAGGUCAGCUAAUUACAUGAACAAUCAAAUCAUAGAAAAACAUGGUAUUGAUUUUGAUUCCAUGAUCAUAUACAACUUACAAACCUCAUCCAAUUCCACAAUAACUGCUGGAUGCAAUGUAACAUUUAACGUGACAAACAAGAGAGAUGUUGAAUAUUUCUAUGACAAGGGGAUGAUAUGGGUCUUUUUCGACGAGAAAGUUCUAUGGACAUUACCUACGAGAGAAUUUUACCAAGCAGUUAGCGAAACGACAUUGUUGAACGUAUCAGCAGCCCCUGCGAAAAUGGAGACAGACAUAUACGUGCCGCGAGCACUCGUUAGCAGCCAGAAAUUGCAUCAAUCGGAGAUGUUCAAGAUUAGAUUUGACAUAUUUUAUCGUGGAGGAGUUGGACAUAAUGGGUUCAAUUUGGGAGGAUUGAAGUAUUUUUGCGAUGUUAAUAUGACUUUUCCUGAUCAAAAUACACUUGUGAGUGGACCAAAAAAAUGUGUUGGGAGAUUUGAGGAUUUCUCUACUUGUUCUUCUUUAUUCUUUUGUAGUCCAUAAAAUCGUACAUUCUUGAUCAUUUUACCUUUUGACAGUUAGCUAGUAUAUCUUUCUCAAUGUGUUGUUAUCGUUUUUGGUUAUUGAUAGCGGUAGCAAUGGAUCUGUACCUUUUUACGUCCAUUGUCGUUUGCAUUAGAAAACCUUUUGGUUG